UUAUCUUGAUGGUACCCUGCUUCAGUUCUACGGUUCUACCCACGCGAGGAUCCAAGAACUGGCUCUAAUGGCUUCUGCUUCUAUCGAUUCUUCUCCGCUUCCUACUCCUUCUCUUCGUCGGCGCCUCCACUCUCUCAAAGCACCUGCAAAUAUUUCUCUUCCUUCAUUACCCUUGUCUUCUUCUAGAUGCCGAACCUCUCUCCUCAUCGUCUGCUCCUCAACCAACCUCAAUUCUAAGGGGACCCCCGCCAGCGAGGAGAAGAGAAAAAUAUUGCGCGAGAAGUACGGACUUGACCCUAAUGAUUUCAUUUCACAACCGAAUCAAAGGUCUAGGAGGAGGGGAGCGGAGGAGGGGAGGGGAAAGACGCCGGAGGUCUCCCAUCGCACCACGCAUAAAUUACUGCAGGUGCUUGGUGGAAAAGCUCGUAGGAAAAAAUUACUUUCACCUAAAGGAAUGGAUGUACGUCCCAUGAUGGAGGUGGUACGGGGAGCUGCUUUUGAUAUAUUGCAGGUAGCUGGUGGAUGUCCUGCUUCUUUAAGAUCAGGUCGAUGGCUAGACUUGUAUAGUGGAACCGGGUCAGUUGGAAUUGAAGCAAUGAGUCGGGGAUGUUCUGAGGCACACUUUGUUGAGAUGGAUCCUUGGGUUAUCUCUGAAGUCUUGAGACCAAAUUUAGAAUGGACCGGGUUCCUUGAUUUUUCAGUGAUUCAUACGCUAAGAGUAGAAAAUUUCUUAGAGCGUGCAGAAAUGUCUUUAGGUAAAGUUGAACCAUUUGACUAUAUUAGUGUUACGCCACCUUAUACUGCAGUAAAUUAUUGUACCUUAAUGGAACAGCUUGCAAAGUGUCCCUUAGUAGGGGAAGAUUGCUUUAUUCUGGUAGAAUAUCCGCUUAAAACUUCAAUGGCGGAAUCUUGUGGACAUCUUGUAAAGAUAGCUGACAGACGAUUUGGACGAACCAACUUAUUAAUAUAUGGACCGAGCUGGGCCCUUAAGAAGAGAAAAUCUGACAGACUUCUGCUGGAUUAGGAUAAAUUAUUCUAUGCGGAUAUCGGAUGCCGCCCAGUACCGGUAUUGAGCAAAAAAA